AGCAAUCUGACUAAGAUUACAUGUAACUUAGGCCAGAACGGGUCGAGAAUGGGGCGGGUCAGGGCAGGUUGGGUCGAUGAGAGGUACCCAUUCCCGCUCCGUCCCGCCUACGGGGCGGGUCGGACUCGCCCCAAAAUAGGUCAAACAGGUCGGGUAACUCGGGUCAAGUCGAAAUUGCCAUCCCUAAACUUGAGUGAUAGUUUGUGUCAUUUCAAGCAAAUAAUGCAUGUAUUGUUUGUGCAGAAAAUUAAAAAAAAAUGCAUUGUGGACUAUACAUGCAUUGUAACUAUCCCAACCAAACAAUCACCAAAAGCAAACGACCCCUUAGUUUGAAUUGAACUAGUUGAAGUUUAGGGGUGGGCAAUGGGAAAUCGAUGUCUGCUUACAUCCAUACCUGUCCUUUUUUUUAACAUUAUGGGUACUAAAAUAGUCGUAAGGAACUUCGUGACUGGCUAGAUUGUUGAGUUUUUUUCCGUAGAAUUGAGUUGUUGAGUUUCAGCGUUUCAAUGUUUGUGUAUUUAUGGGUUGAUUGGGUACCCUUCAACCCAUAAGAGUUUGAGAAAUUAAAUGAAUUUUCCACUCCAAAAUGAGAUUGAAUACCUGUUUCCGUCCCAUUGCCCACCCUGUUGAAGUUAGGGUCAAUGAAUAUUUGAUAAGCAUAUUAAUUAUGACUCACAUCUCCCGGUUCACAUAACGUUGCAAGUUUAUGUUUUCCUGUCCACUUUUACUGUCAAGACUCAAGACUUGCUUUUGCUCUCACUGUUUUUCACUUGAGAAUCAGAAAAGAUUCAUUAAUUGGGCGGAUUAAAUGGUGGAAUAUGAAUUUCAAACAUAUGCAAACUGAAAUUAUUAAAGAGUAAAUACAUGCUUGAGUGGCGAAUUUGUACAAUAAAAGAAUUAAGAACUGAACACAGAGUACUAUUUGGUAAUAUUCCUAGUUCAGACAGUGGUGAACCAAAAUCGAAAGUGGUUAUUAACCAAAAAUCAUAGAAGCCGGCGUCCAUUUCGGUUAAACUAAAAAUAUCAAAACCAGAUUCCGAGGCCUAUUCGGGAAAAGAGGAACGGCAUCUACUGCGACCUCUCUCGGUUUCUUAGACCCAAAAGCCCACUAACAUAAGCCCAUACAGAAAACAAAGAUAACACAGGCCGAAGAUAGUCCAAGUCGUAGAGCCCAGAAAGCCCAACGACCACUAAGAAGAUCACCUCAUCUUAUCAUCUUCUCCUCACUGCCUCGAGCUUUCACCUCUCCACUUCUCCAAAGCACCGAUGGCGCAAACAUUGACCAACGCUUUUCUCCAAAUCAGGCCCAUCUCUCCUCCGCUGCUCUCCGCCACAAAGGCGAAGGCUGGCGGUGGAAAGAAUGGUGGCGGAGCCCUGCAGGUGACGUGCCGGAAGAAGGAGAUACACCCGGAGUUCCAUGCGGACUCGAAGGUGUACUGCAACGGGGAGCUGGUGAUGACCACCGGCGGGACGCAGAAGGAGUACAACAUCGACGUUUGGUCGGGCAACCACCCUUUCUACCUGGGGAACCGCUCCGGCGUGCUCGUGGACGCCGACCAGGUCGAGAAGUUCCGGAAGAAGUUUGGGGAGCUGACCCAGAUUAUGCAGAUCCCCGUGCUGAAGGGCGAGAUUGUGUUGCCGUCGAGGAAGAAAACUGGAAAGGGCAAGAAGAAGUAGAGAGAAAGGAAUUUCGUGGUUGGUGUGUGUGUGUGGAGGUAAUGGGUUCCAGUUUCGUGUAAUUGAGUCUGUUCAGUUUGAGAAUUUCGAAGUACAAUUUGCCUGCAGAUAAUGUGUUCGAUAAAAUGCCCCAGUAAAUAUUGCACUUAUUAGUUGUUUCUUUCAUCGAGUUGAAUAUUAUACCAAUUCUCUUAGUGUUCAUGGCGGAUUCGAUGCUGAGCAUUUUCGGAUGGCCUAAGAGAAAAAGACACAAUCUUUUCGCAUUAUUCAUUCUCAUAGUGUAGUACUCGGAUAUAGUUUACAGUCACAACUGAUAACUGUAUAGUCUAAUGCGUGCCGUGGAUGGCUUAUUUAAGCAAACAUGAAACACCAUCAUCAGCAUUCAGCAGCAGCAGCAUAUAUUGCAGUCUUUUGAUUUCAGCAGUUGAAGUAGCAGAAGCAAGCAAAUCCAGGGAACUGUGCAUGACAAGCUCCACUAAAUGCUUUUUCCCAGUUCUUGCACUGUCGAUUGCAGUUGCCAGAGUUUGCGCAGAUCCCUGACCAGGUUUUGCUGCGCCUCUGGCAAAGUUUUGCUUCUGUGAUAGGCAUUUCUGCAUAAUUUCAUUCAAUUCAAUUUCAGCAUGAAGGUGUGUUAUGAGCAGAUGUCAAACAGAAACUGUGUUAGUUUUAGUUAUGAAGCAUACCUGUUGAAACUAAGAGGAAGAGGAAUAGGAUGAUCAGGGCAAGAGAACCCAUAUUAGCUUCUACCUUAGCCAUGCCUACUUUAUUUGAUGAUCUUUGAGAAUGGAAAUGUUGGUAUGCCGAUUGCGUUGCAAAGGUUACCUACUUAUACUGUUACAGAAGUCUUAUAUUUAGAGAGUCAGUGUUGUGUUGUGAGUUGUAAUCAUCACAAGGACUCAAUUCCAAUUAAGCGGCGGUAGAUGCGAAAGAGUCAGCUUUCCAUGGAAGAAGAUAACAAGCUAGCUAGUGUAUGGAGGUCUGACUUUGGAUUUAAACGAUGACAAAAGACAAGAGCAGGGAAAGCUUAUCUGCAACAGAGAUCAAGGUUCUCGCCAUGAUUCCUAUAUAUGAAUCCAACCACUAUUGCGCGGCUGCUGACGUGAAAUUGUUUAUUUAGUCUAAGUUCUUUGUGAGCAGUUUCACCAGAUUACUUGGUCCGACCGUGGUUUCCUUUUCCCGGCGAGUAAAGGGGCAAAUCAUUUGGCUUCUGUGGGGAUGGUCGUCGGCGAGCCAUGGCUAGUUGGAUGGAUAGGGGAAAUUGGAUUCGGCUGUGGGACGCUAAUAUUCUCCCCAAAUUGAAAGUGUUCAUCUGACAAAUUUUUUCCCCAUAUCCUGCCUACGAUUGAAGCGUUGCUUGAAAGAGAUGUCCAAGUCCAUCCCAGGUGUCCAGUUUGUUGGACGGAAUCGGAAACGAUGGAACAUUUGUUUCUUGAGUGUCAUGUGGCUAGAGUGUUGUGGAAUAUCUGGGACAAGGGCUUCUUUAUCAUACUUUCCCGCUUUUCCUGAAAAAGUUGUUGAUGCUCAUCCAUCAACCCCAGUUGCUUAUGGCAGUCACUGCGGUGCUUUGAAGGAUCUGGCGGUCACGGAACUAGGUUGUCUUUGGGGGCAAGCAGUUUGAGAUCCCAACUUUAAUGAGGCAGUAUCACCAACAACUUCAGAAACGGGUCAGCUUGCCGGUUGACAAGAAUCAGCGAUUGUCCGUCCCAUAUAUUCAGCCUUUGGGGGUGGUACACCCUAGUGCACUAGUCUGUAGGUGGGAUGGGGCAACCAAACAUGUGUUUCAUUCGACAGGAAAGAUGGUUAUAAUGGAUCGAGUUGGGUGAUCUUUUUUGCUAAAGGGGUUCAGUUUGACGGGAUUGAUGAUCCGCUGAUUGCUGAGAUGCUCACUAUCCUAGAAGCUAUUUUUUGGUGCCUUGAGUCCGAAUUAUUGGAGGUGAGACUAGAAGGGGACGCCAAGGUGGUUAUUGACAAAAUCAAUCAAGCAGUUACAA